GCGCGCUCACUGGCUGCUCAGCCGCUGACGUGAAGGGAGCACCGGGACCGAUCGCCGGUCAGUGCGCGACGCGCGGACACCGAGACGCGGAACGAGAUGAUGGAAUGCAUCGAAGGGACUCCGACUCGGUGAAAGUUUGCACCUCGGACAUGGAGACACUAACGAGAAGGCAACUAAUCACGAAUAUCGCCGUCGUCCCCGCCUGAGGGUCCGAGGUGCCGCGGAGGAUGACACCCGCACCCCGCCUGGCGAGGACCCCCGCGUCGCCCCCCGCUUCCACAGCUCCGUGAAGAAGUUGGUCAAAUCCUCAGCGUGCGACUCUUUAUUUGCGCCUCCAAUCCCGCAGAACAGAUCGCGACCUCUGGGCACGUCGGCCGCGGCUGCAGAAACAGCGCGUUUCUUCUGCGCUCAUUCUAGUUUUUGCACCACUGCUGGCUGCGGAAAUAAAAGGAAUCAUCUCGCAUCCGGACAUCUCUCAGGUCUCGGGCGACAUGUCUGCGCUCAUCUCUUAUCUGCUGGAUAUCAAGGUAUAAAAAGAGAGCUCAAAGGCGUACCCUGUCCACCAAGCAGCGGCGAGGCGGCACAAGCCGCAGAGCUCCGUCCCACCAUGGGCGCCGUGCUCUCGCUGUCCCCAGGCUCUCGAAAGUCGGGCUACUAUGAGUCGGGCUCGCUCAGCCACUACCCGAGCAUCAGCAGCCGCUCCCUCAACAGUCAGAAGGACCGCGGGCUGAAGAGGGGCCAGUCCAUCUUCCUCCCGGCGCUCACGUGGAAGCGGCUGGUGGCCUCCACAAAAAAGAAGGGCAACCCCAAGAAAGGCGCUCACGGGGGGCUCGGGGACCCUCUCAACAACAACAACAACAUCAACAUCUAUCAGAAGGACGUGAAGAAGUCGCUGUCGUGCGCCAACCUGUCCAGCUACGACGGCUCAGCGGGACUGGGCCCGGGUCUCGGUUACGGGCUGGGCAUGGGUAUGGGCCAGGGCCACGGGUGCGGCUACGUCAAGCCCCAACCGCUGUCUUCGGUGAAAAAGGUCCCGCGCGGAACGCUGACCUCGUCGUCCCCGAAGCGCGUCAUCGUCCAGGCGUCCACCAGCGAGCUGCUGCGCUGCCUCGGCGACUUCCUGUGCUGCCGCUGCUACCGGCUGAAGCACCUGUCUCCCGCCGACCCGGUGCUGUGGCUGCGGGCCGUGGACCGCUCGCUGCUGCUGCAGGGCUGGCAGGACCAGGCCUUCGUCACGCCGGCCAACGUGGUCUUCGUCUACAUGCUGUGCCGCGACGUCGUGGACGGCGACCUGGUGGCGUCUGAGCACGAGCUGCAGGCCAUCCUGCUCACCUGCCUCUACCUGUCCUACUCCUACAUGGGCAAUGAGAUCUCGUACCCGCUCAAGCCCUUCCUGGUGGAGGUGGGCAAGGAGGCCUUCUGGGACCGCUGCCUCGCCAUCAUCAACGCCACCAGCGCCAAGAUGCUGCGCAUCAACGCGGACCCGCACUUUUUCACACAAAUCUUUGCCGAACUGAAGAGCGAGGGCGCCUGCGGUCCUCAGGACUACAGCCGGGUGCUGGAUCGGUGAGAGGAAGGUCGACUGACCGCCUGCCUUUAUGUACAGUAUGAAUACUACGAGAAUAUGAAUUUGUCUCAUUCAGACUCGUGUCCCCGUUGUCCUCUUUCUGCUGCCCUGCAGGAGCAAUGGCUGCGUAAUUUAAUGGAUUUAUGUGGACAUGUUGAAUCAUUCCAUCUGUGUUCUUUGCCCUCGUCCAUCCACAGAAACAGGGAGGGGUUUUCCCGACUAACAGAAGGUCACAGCUGUGUUUUUUGUGCCCUGAAAUUUCCACCUGAGUUUACUUGAAUUGAGGAACCAUUUGGUCCGCCUGUCCCUUUUGUGUCUGGUCCCAGUUGCCCCAGUAGUCCCAGCCGCGCAGCUUCCUCACCUCGCCUCUUGGAUUUACGAUCGACCUGCGUGCGCGGGACAAGAAGACGGCAUCUCUGCAUCAAGAUCUUUUUUUUAAUUUAUAAUCCCGAGAGCAGAUCCACAAGAGAAUAAAGCAGACAAUAUAAUCCACAAGGCAGAGUUACAUUUUCCAGGAGGAGACACGUUGACAUCCGCUGCUUGCUAAGCCCCCCCCCCCCCCAUGUGCCAGCAGUGAAGAGUGACUCAGACUGAUGGGGACAGCUGAGAGGGCCAUGUUAGGUCCUGCUGGUCCUGCUGUGCGCUGUGUUAUCAGUAAAGCAAAGCGGACAGGCAGUGCUUUGUGGGGACAUUUUCAGGGUCGACUGGCCUGAGGGGACACGUCUUUAAUCCAUCAAAUCAGCUCCUGCGUCUUCUUGAUCUCAGGAGUGAUUCCCGGGCCGACUUUCUGAGUGACUUGGUCUUGUGAACGUGUGUGCGCACGUGUGUGUUCGUGUAGGCAUUGCGAGCUGGACUGCAGCCGGGGUCAUCAGCUGUUUAUCCUUUGUUCCCCCGCGUGUUGUUGACAGGGCGCCCAAAGGCCGCCGUUUUAAUGAGAUUAGCAGAUUACCGCAGCCCCUCCCCUCUCUCAACCUCUGCCCCCCCCCCUCCUUCUUGUCCACUCGGCGGCCCUGCCGAGGUAAUCCAGGUCAGGUCGGACUGCGCUGGACCUUAAACACACACAUGCAUUCAAAUACCUUGUCGCAUGCGUUUUAUUCUCCUUGGAGCAGCUCAGGGUCCAAGUCGUUCUGGAUGAACGCUUUUUGUUGUGGUCCUGAGUUCUGAGUUUGUCCCAGUUGGUCAGGAGACAUCUGCCACCAAGGGGCCCCGUUUCCUCUCGUCCCUCCCUCAGCUCCCGCCUCCCGCUGAAUUAUUCAUUUGAAUGAACCAUUGGCAUUUGUGCUCAAAUGCCUUAAAUGAUCCGUUCCCUGUGUGCUUGUGGUUUGCGUUGUCAGACGGGUCACAGAUGAGUCGUUGGUUCGUUUUGAUGGAUUUUCUUUUUUUGGAGCAAAUCUGAGUUUAUGUGCCCAGUUAUCCAAAAGUUGUUUAAAUUCCCACUAAUUAUUAACAACUAAUGUGCACCAUAGUUGUUUAAAAAGACCAUAAAGUGGUAAAUUGCAAAAGGCUGUCAGGCUUUUUUUCAACCAUUUUGGUUUGUACACACUUAAAAUGAACCUCCCUCCACCUGCAACCCUCCUUGUUGGCUGCAAACGUUCACUAGAAAUGAUCCUACUAGUUAACUAGUGAAAAUUAGUUUGCUUCCUAUGGACACGUUCUAAAUUAAUUACUACUAUAAAGAGACAAAAACAACGUACUUUAAGCCUUUCUCCUCAUCUAAUCAUCGUGAAACCCCUCAGAUUAUUUCCUGUGACCCCUGUUGCGUCUCCACGGCCAUUUUUGGAGCCCCUGAAUUACGGAAGGAGGCUGUUGGUCGUAAGUGGUCGUAAAGCCUUAAUCUCAUUGCGUUGGGGCAUCUGGAGGUUUUUGCAGACCGACCCUUUCGCACACUUUGAUAAUAAUAAACAGUCCCCCACAAGGUCACAUGACGAGCCGACCCAUCAUUUCGGACUUCAGCACACGUGCAAUCAAAUACACUCUGCUCCGCAUCCCCUUCCUUGGGUAAUCCGGUCCUAAUCCUCCCACCCAAUCAAAUAGAGAGAGGAGGAGAGCAAUGAAAACACGAGGAAAUAAGUGAAUGGUUCCGAUGAGAUUCAAGCAUCACACAAAUCGUGAGGCCUUCCGAGACCACACAGCUGGACCCUGCUGCCCUGCUCCAGCUCACUGUGGGGGUCUUUGAGUCAGGCCUGCCUUGCUCCUCGCCUGAGGGAUCUGCCAUGAGCGCCAGUCAACCAGAGAGGAGUGAUGGUGGUGAUUCACGCCUCAGAGAGUCUCCUUUUCGGGGACUUGGACUGGCAGCCAUUUUGGGUUUGUUGUUGUGGUCAGUGUAGCUCUCUCUCUCUCUCUCUCUCUCUCUCUCUCUCUCUCUCUCUCUCUCUCUCACCCUGGCUCCAGCUUUGACAAGGACACUUGUGUCUUGACUCACCCCCCUCCCAUCCGCCCUCCGUCCUCUUCCCACCCCUGCAACCCCCGUCUCCGCACACACUCAGCUGUUGUUCCGGGCCUUUUUCAUUAGAUUAGACAACCCACACCCACCAGCCUUUGUCAGGACGAGGAAGGGCAGAAUGGGGCCGUUUGUCGGCCCCGGGUUGGAUGUGUUUGCGUGAGAAUGUGGGUCAAAGUUAGGGGCAAAAUCCGCCUUCACCAUGCGCCUCCUGUAGAGCUUGACAUUAAUUGAAUCAUAAUGCGUUCCAUCACUGCUCAUAUUAACGUCUGCCCUCACAAUCAGCGACCGAGGCUUCUUUCAGCAGCAUGUUGUGACCUUCGUAAUGAGAAACAAGUCGCGAUGUCCUUCAUAUGUGUGAAUGGAGCAGACACAGAGAAACCUCCUUCAUUUAGGCCUAAAAUAGGUAAUCUAUCCUUGGCCAGGAAGGCGUCUGUCCCCUCACUCGGGGACCCUGCGUCCAAUCAGCACGCCGUCCCUCCCAUCGCUUCACACUGAGGGGAGCGGCUUCCAAACCAAUUAACUUGCAUCCCGACUGGACCUCUAAUUCUGUUCAUCCAAUGAAAGCGCUCGAGCUCUACGUACCCGACUGACGGACCCGCGCUGCCUGGGACAUCUCUGUGGAUGCUUUAUGCCGCUUGUUGCUGACGGAGCUGCGUGAACCAGAUUGGCACAAACUGGACCUUUUCUCUGUAGAUGGGACCUUCCUCUGGAACUCUCACUCUGCUUUGCAGAUUUUUUUCGGAUGGGCCUCAGACCAUCUCUGUUUUAACUUUGGGGGUUGUGUGACCAAUGUGAUGAAAGAUUUAAGGGAAAAGUCUAGUGUUAUUCUAUUUUCGUGUUGUCAACAGAGAUUAGACGCUAUUUUUAGUACUUUCUAAAAUACUUCACUACCCGGUCUGUGUUUGCAACCACAAGCUCAUUUGUCUGGACUAGAGACAACAGUUUUAAAACAAUUCACCUAUGUAGACUUCAAUAAGAAAGGGCUUCUAGAAGCUGGGCACUGUAGUUUUUAGCAAACGUUACUCAAAGAGGCAUUUGUUUUAGGGACAUGUUGUGUCUGGAGUCUUUACAGCAGCAGGACGUUCAAUGUGCGAUCUACUAAACUAGUGUGUCCACCUUCAUGCUAGGUGGGACUGUACUUCAGAUACAUCAGGCUUUAGACUUACUGAUAAUGUUAGUUGUGUUCUUCUCAUUUGCUCUGCUGACAAUAAGAAAUACAAAAUAUCCGAAGACUUUUCCCUAAAUGAGCCACAGCUCCAUGAGUUGUGUUAACUUAUUUCAGUACGUUGCUGCUGGAGAAUUGGUGUGAAAUUGAUUUCAAUGGCACACACUUCACUGCUGAUGUAAAUAUGUGUGUGUGUGCGUGUAACAUUAAGCUGUUAAAAAUGAAAAAUGAACAAAAAUAAAUACUCUUUGUGUGUAGCAGCAUGCAUGCAAGCCAGGUAGUUUAGAAAUGUUUUCUUUUCUUCUUUUUUACAUUUUCUUUUGUUUGAUUUUUGACGUGAUGUUGGAAAUUAAGUAAAGUAAAGUCUCUCAUAUGACACUUCUUGUAACAACAUCAUCACGGUGGUCUGUUCAGAAAAGGAAACAUAUGGUCAACUGUCCUUUUCUUAGGCCCCGUCCUGAAAUAGCACAUCCUGUAAGUUCAUACUCACGACAACUUAGAACUCAACAGUCUUUAUUUUAGACUCAACCGUCUCACACACCAAUUUGCCAAUUUUCAGCCAAACUUCUAACCUACGAUGUGUCCUCCAACGCAACGAGAAUAUUGCCGCCCAGAGCAGAGCGUAGAGGUAGAACCGAUCGAGCUAAUGGCUCAGCCUUUUGUCAUCGAUAGGCCAGCUGGUGGCACAGAGGCAGCCAUUGUUUCCUCCGCGUUCCUCCGCUCCGGCUCUCGAUGCAAAAAGCUUUUCAAACUUCACAAAUUUUCAUUCAUCACAGCCCCUUGUUCGUGUUGCGUCGACAUGGGACGCGUGUGAUGUAAUGCAGAGAUAAAUAUGUAGCUGUCUGGUGUCCAUCUCCUUCUCCUCCACCUCCUCCGCCAACAUUUCCAUAUUUACCGUCCACAGCCAUCAUUGCAACUGUCACACAAAAAUGAAGCGGCACAUCACCUCGAGUGACUUUCUGGAAGCCACUAAAAUGUGUACGUGUGUGUGUGUGUGUGUGUGUGUGUGUGUGUGUGUGUGUGUGUAGCAACAAGAGAAAUACUGUUGAUGGGGAAAACUUGAAGAUAAGCAAAUGUGACUGUUUCAUUUAUUUUGUUUUUGUUUAUUUUCCUUUUUCAUCAUGAUGACGUUUACGAUGUUGAUUAUUUAAUAAACUAUUGAGUUGAAAAUGA